CAAAAAAUAGAAACAUAAAAGAGAGAGUCAGCCUGUGAAUAUGCUGUUUCAUACAAGCGUUUGAACAACAUAAUAGGAGGAUACAUCCCCUCUCGCCAAAUAGAAGAAGAAGAAGAAGAUUCCUGCAAAUUCGCCGAAUUGUUUUCUUCAGAGGAUAAGGUGUGUUAUAUUCCGUCUACGUUGUAUUUUUACAGAACCCGAUACCGGUGGACUGACUGGCAACGGUGUGGUGUUGAUGACGUGCCAGCAUGGUUCGGAUACGACGGAAAUUCGCUUUUAUUUUAUGCGGUGUAACGCUGUUCGUAUUUCUGAUCCUUUACGUUGUGCUUAAUUAUUCCGUUCCCGAGCGGGCUCGUGUGCAGGAUAUAUCGUAUCUGGAAAAUAAAAUAAAGCAGCUAGAAAAUGGGUUGAGCAAACACCGUCAAGAGUUCGGCGACAUAAGGAAGCAAAUUGACACGAUCCGUGGCGCAGUGGACGGCGGAGAUGAUGCGUAUGCGGACAGCAAAAUCCUCGAUAAAGCACCACUGCUCGGAGAUCGGGAGAUGAUGAAGGAAUCGGUCAUCAACGCUAACGGGGGUGGUGCCGGAACGUGCGCACUGCGUACGGACAUCAUUCCCCAGCCGGACGUGCAAAUGCUGAACCUGUACGAGCAGGUGUCGUUCGAGAACAUUGACGGUGGUGUUUGGAAGCAGGGAUGGCCGAUAAAGUAUCACCCGAGCGAGUGGAAUAGCCACCACAAGCUGCACGUGUUUGUCGUGCCGCAUAGCCACAACGAUCCCGGCUGGAUACAAACGUUCGACGAGUAUUACGAGCGCUCGACGAAAAACAUUUUCGCGAACAUGCUACGGCACCUGGACGAGAAUGCGGGUAUGCGGUUCAUUUGGGCCGAAAUAAGCUACUUCGCGCAGUGGUACGAUAAGCUGGCAGCGGAGCAGAAGGACAUCGUGAAGCGGUUGGUGAAGAAGCGCCAGCUGGAGUUCGUAACCGGCGGCUGGGUAAUGCCGGACGAGGCAAAUUCCCACUGGUACUCGAUGCUGCUGCAGCUUACCGAGGGUCAGACGUGGCUUCAAACGCGCCUGAACGUGACGCCGGUGUCGAGCUGGUCGAUCGAUCCGUUCGGCCAGUCCGCCACCAUGCCGUACAUACUGAAGCAGUCCGGGUUUGAGAAUCUGCUCAUCCAGCGCACGCACUACAUUGUGAAGAAGAAUUUAGCGCUCAAAAAGCAGCUCGAGUUCCGUUGGCGCCAGCUGUGGGAUACGCGGGGCGACACCGAUCUGUUUACGCACAUGAUGCCGUUCUAUUCGUACGAUGUGCCGCACACGUGCGGUCCCGAUCCGAAGAUAUGCUGCCAGUUCGAUUUCAAGCGGCUCCCAAGCAUGGGUCUUAGCUGCCCCUGGAACGUUCCGCCGAAGCCCAUCACCGAUCAAAAUGUGGCCGAACGGGCGGAAAUGAUAGUCGACCAGUGGCGCAAAAAGUCGGUACUGUAUCGCACGAGAAACGUGCUGAUACCGCUCGGCGAUGACUUCCGGUACACCACCAGCAGCGAAUGGGAGGCGCAGCGCGUGAACUUCGAGCAGCUGUUUAACUACAUCAACAACGAACCGUCGCUGAACGUGGAGGCCAAGUUUGCCACGCUGCAGGACUAUUUCGAUGCUGUGCGGUCUACCAGCGGAGCGAGCGGAAUGGAGCAAUUCCCCUCGCUAACGGGCGAUUUCUUCACGUACGCCGACGUGAAUCAGGAUUACUGGAGCGGUUACUUUACGUCGCGCCCGUAUCACAAGCGCCAGGAUCGCAUUUUGCUGCACUACAUCCGGUCCGCGGAGAUGCUGCACGCUUGGAACGUCUGGGAGCCGGACAGCGAUUGGAAGCCGCUUGCGGAACGGUUGGAGUAUGCACGGCGACAGCUGUCGCUGUUUCAGCAUCACGAUGGCAUAACCGGCACUGCGAAGGAUCACGUGAUGGAGGACUACGCGAAGCGCAUGUCCCGGGCGAUCGAGGACUGCAAGUUUGUUAUGCAGCAGUCCGUGUAUCGGCUGCUAACGAAGCCCUCCGUCUAUCAGCCGGAUCCGGCCUUUAUGUACCUGUCGAUCGAUGACUCCCGUACGGUGAACGGAUCAGACAAUGUGCGACCCACCAUCAUACUUGGGGAGGAGCUGCCGAGCAAGCAGGUGGUGUUGCACAACUCCCUGCCGUACACGCGGUCGGAGGUGGUCGAGUUCUACGUAGCCAGCCCGUUUGUGACGGUUUUGGACGGGAAUGGCGGCACGGUGCCGAGCCAGAUUGCACCCGUCUGGUCGUGGCAUACGCGCCCGGACAGUAUCAGUCAACCACAGCCGUCCAACACCAAGUACAGGCUGCUCUUCCGGGCCAAUGUUCCACCCUUGGGAUUGAGUGUGUACACGAUCAACUCCAAGAAUAGUGCGGAAGAAUCGCUCGGCGUUACGUAUACGAAGGUGAUCAUUCUUUCGAAAUCCCCGUUCACGGUGAAUCUGGCGGCAGGUUACCCGGAAGAUAUCGAUCACGCCUCUCCCACAGAAAUGUCGCUGCGCUUUGAAGAGGGCGGUUCAACAAGUGCCGCCUUUACCUCGAAGGGUUUGCUAAAAUCGCUCACGAUCGAAAACAAUCAGGCGACGGUGCCGGUUCAUUUGGAGUUCUAUCGCUACGGUAUGCAGCUCAGCUCGGGCAAGAGCGGUGCGUACCUGUUCCACCCAGCCGGUAAUGCGACGCUGAUGACGUACGACCAGCCGAUCGUGCUGGUCAUGAAGGGACCGCUCGAGACGAGCAUUACCGCCGGUUUGCCGUUUGCCGUGCAUCAAACGAUUCUUCGCGACGAUAGCGUUGAGAUCCGAAACCUGGUCGACAUAGGACAGCGGGAUAAUACGGAAAUAGUGAUGCGCUUGCAGACCAACAUUAACAGCGGCGCCACGUUCUACACCGAUCUGAACGGUAUGCAAAUCAUUAAGCGCAAGCGCUUCCAGAAGCUACCGAUACAGGCGAACUACUACCCCGUGCCGUCCACGAUGUUCAUCGAGGACGACAAUUAUCGUCUCACGCUGCUUGGCGGCCAGCCGCUCGGCGGUUCGUCCCUGAGCUCGGGCGAGAUGGAAAUCAUGCAAGAUCGUCGGUUGACGCGUGAUGACGAUCGUGGGCUGGGCCAGGGCGUACAGGACAACCUGCCAGUGCUGCACCUGUUUCGGUUGGUGCUAGAGUCGCGCGAAUCCUGCACCAAACCGGACCCGGACUAUCCGACCGGUUUCCUGACGCUUCCUGCCCACGCACAGCUGCAAAGCCUGCUGCAUCCGCUGGACAAGCUAAUCUACAACGAAAACGAUUGGACGGGAGUGCAAAUGGAAGGUUUUGGCUCGCGCCACGAACCACUGGAACAAGGGUUGGAGGUGGUUGCCAUCCGACAGCUGUCGCACGUACACUUUGGCCGGACGUCCGGUGCAUCGCCCGUAGGAUUGAUUGUACAUCGGACCAAUUUCGAAGACUGUGGCUCGGAGGCAAACAUGGAAGGAAUGCUAAACAUUAAGAAACUACUUAAUCUGGACGAUGAACAUGAUAUUUACUCGGCACGGUUGACGCUGCUGAAGCCGCUGGAAUUGGUGCCAUCGGAUGAUAUUAGCCUCUGUCCGAUGGAUGCCAAAGCGUACAUAGUGAAGCGAUAAAUCCCUUCUCCGUGCGCUAAAUGUGCAACACUUAGCCUCUUAAGGUUAUUCAGGUUAAUUAAGGUUGAUAGGCGCUUAACCUAAUCGUGCAAUAGCAAAGAGCUACGCUCGAUCGAGUACGCAUAAGUAAUGGAGUACGUGUAUACCCAGGGUGGAUACUGCUCUCGAUCUCCUCACCGAUUAUGAUUCCUUAUAUUUUUUUUUGUGCCCCCGCUUCCCAGCAACUCUUGUACAACAAUGAUGUUUUUUUUUUCGUUGGAGAAUGACGCACCUGCUUUCCCUUAUUUAUGUAAAGUUCACAAGGUUUUCAAUUCUAGUUGUUAGAGGAGGGGGAUCAUGGGAUCUUUAAUGAACAAAGAAAAACACGUAUUUUUCAACGAACAAAGGAAAACACGUAUUUUUCAUGUGUUUGUUUUUCCGUUUGUUUUAUAAAACCGGAUAGUUUUGCGAGUGUGUUUGUGUGUGUGUGAUUGUGUGAGUGUGCGGUAUAUGUAUAUCAUAUAGAUAAUGUGUUGUAGGGCGUGAGUUUAACAAAUAAGUAUGGUGGAACUUUCUGCUUAUUUUACACUUGUAUCGGUCCUGACCGGAAGGCGUCGUAACAACUUAAAGAUGACUACGAUUUCCCUUCAUCGGACUAUAUUCAUUCGAAGUACUAUGAAUACACACGCGUGCACUGUAGAUAAUUAAAUAAACCUGUACACACUACAAUCAUA